CCUCAAUCACUUAUAUACAAUUGCACCAACACUCUAUCUCAACAUCGAGAGAGAGAUAUGGAUAAUUGUUCACUCUUUCUCUCUAUCCUCCUCGUCCUAGUCUCGUAUUUUAUUUCAUUAAUAUACAUUAAAAGAAGAUGCAGCGGGAGUAAAACUAGACUCCCACCCGGCUCGAUGGGUUGGCCCUUCAUCGGCGAAACCCUCCGUCUCUACUCCCAAGAUCCGAACAUCUUCCUCUCCACCAGACACAAAAGGCAUGGAGAAAUCUUCAAGACUCACAUUCUUGGUUACCCCAGCGUGAUGCUAGCGGGCCCUGACGCGGCCCGGUUCGUUUUAGUAACCCAAGCGCAUUUGUUCAAGCCCACUUUUCCAAAGAGCAAGGAGGCCUUGAUCGGGCCAUCGGCCAUUUUCUUCCACCAGGGUGACUACCAUCUCCGCCUGCGGAAGCUCGUUCGGGCCGGGCUCUACCCGGAGUCGCUCCGCAGGCUCAUCCCCGGAGUCGAGGCCGCUACCAUCGCGGCAUUGCGCUCGUGGGCCGACGCCGAUGGAGUCGUCAACACUUACAAUGAGAUGAAAAAGUUGUCUUUCGAAGUCGGCAUUCUAGCCGUAUUCGGUCACCUCGAGCACGGCUACAAGGAGGAGUUGAAGAAAAAUUAUGGUGAAGUGGAGAGAGGCUACAAUUCUUUCCCAACAAAUUUCCCAGGAUCCGCCUACAGAAAGGCCAUCAAGGCUCGGAAGAGGCUGAGCGAGAUUCUUGGUGAGAUAAGUAGAGAAAGAAAGGAGAAGAAGGUGGUUGCGAAUGAGAAUGAAAAGGAUCUGCUGAGUUGCCUGCAGAGCUCCAAAGACGAGAAUGGCGGAAUUCUGAGCGAUGAACAGAUUGGUGAUAACAUAAUCGGAGUUCUGUUUGCUGCGCAGGACACAACCGCCAGCGCCAUGACGUGGCUCCUCAAGUACCUCCACGACAACCCAAAGCUUCUGCACGCCAUCAAGGCUGAGCAGAAGGCCAUCUACGAAGCCAACGCCCACACAAAGGGCCAUUUGACGUGGAAUCACACAAGAAAUAUGCCCUUAACUACCAAGGUGAUCUUGGAGACCUUGAGAAUGGCAAGCAUUAUUUCUUUCACUUUCAGAGAGGCGGUGACUGAUGUAGAAUACAAAGGAUGCCUUAUUCCAAAAGGAUGGAAAGUGAUGCCUUUGUUUAGGAAUAUUCAUCACAAUCCAGAAUUCUUUGCCGACCCUCAAAAGUUUGAUCCAACAAGAUUUGAGGGUGCACCUAAACCAAACACGUUUAUUCCGUUUGGAAGUGGAGUUCACUCCUGCCCCGGUAACGAACUUGCUAAGCUAGAGAUGCUCAUUUUGGUGCACCACCUAGCUUCUCAAUUCAGGUAUGAAUUGGUGGCAUCCGAAAGUGGGAUUCAGUUUGGACCAUUCCCAAUUCCAUUGCAUGGACUCCCAGCCAGAUUUUCCAGAUCAGAAGAUGCUCAAGAUCAAUGGACCAAACAAAACCUCAUCUCAUCACCAUGAAAUAAUCUCACAUUUCUCCCAUCCAUCACAUUAAUUAUUAAUUGUAUGGGGGGUAUAAACAUACCUCCAUUUUGUUUUCUCUUUAAUGUUUAAAUUCAAGUAUGCAUCAAUUGCAGCUAGCUAGCAUGCAAGAAUUGUAUGUAUUAGCAAUUAAUGAAUUCAAUUAGU